AUGUUUGGUAACACUAAAGAAAAUAAAGAAAAAGCCAAUUGAUUUAAUAAGUAAAUAUAUGCAUUCAAAUGCACGUAUAUAUGUUAGAUUAAAAAAAAAAAUUGUUUUUGAUUUCUUAAAUGGCUGCGAAUGAUAUAAAGCAAUCCCUCAGAAAAUUAGAUUUUCCAUAUUGCGCUAAAGAAGCAUUAGGAAAAAUUGAGGUAUUAUGCACCAGACCAGGAAAACAAAUGGAUCUUCAAGGAGAUCUAAUGACAGAAUUUAUUUUUGGAGAAAUAGAAAGACGAAAGAAACGUAAUUUGGCUGUUGCCAUACAGGAGUUGCAACUAAUUGAAGUUUUAAGUGACUUUUUUCAAAGUCCAGGUGGUAUUCCGGCAGUACGAAAUGCUGUUUUUCUGUCAUUAUUUCCAGCCGAAAGUCCAAGAUAUAAAAUUUUAGGCAAUUUGGUAUCACUGGCUAUUGCUACACAGAAUAAUGCAAUCCUUAAUGCGACCGGUAUCUGGAUGCAGCAAUUAGGUUCAACAUCGCCUCAAAGCGUAGGACUGGCAAGGCAUGUACUUAAUGACUAUUUUGUCCUUACACCAAGAUCUAUUGGCAAACUAAAGCAGCUUCCUGUACUUGCCUCCCAUUUCACCGCAAACUUAAUGACGGCAAUAGGUGAAGUUUAUGAGGAUAAAGAUCCACCUACGGAAUUGCUCAAAUUAAUAGGAGAGUGGAUAGAGGAAAAUCCAAGUUUACUAUUAACACCUUUAAUGGACAACCCUGCGUUACCAAGCGGUGGAAUACCUAUGACACCAAUAACUCCAAUAGCUGGUCUUUUUAGGUGGUGCAUUUUAAGCCCUUUACGUUUAGAUACUAUGGUGAAUAAUGAACAGGAAGAUAAAACAAAAAGUUAUUCAAAAAUUCAGCAAUUACUGAUGGAAUCAGUACUGAGGUUAAGGAAUAAUGGAACUAACAAACAUGCUAUAUCUGCACAACAUUUAGUAGCUACUGUACGGAUAUUAACGACUACUUUACAGAAUUUUACAAAUAUUAAUUCAAAAUUAUGUGACAUAGCAAUGGAGAGAUUAGCUCAAGCUGUGAGUGCAGCGAUGUCUGCAAAUUGUAUUUAUGGUAACAAACAAGAAUUAAUUGCGUUACUACAACCACUCGGAUAUCAACAUUUUCUGAUUGAUUGGACUCUUCAAACGUAUACUACUAAAACUGCUUGAAAAGUAUUCUUAAUGUUUAUUCUUUCUUAUUGUCUAAAAAAAGUAUUUUAUUAAAAUAAAUAAUCUGGAGGAUAAAUA